AAACCAAUUCAGAAAGGGACCGAGUGCUCCCCAGCUGAUCCGCCUCGACAAAGACAGAUCAUGAGCAAAGACUCACAAAUGAGGGCAGCCAUUAACCAGAAGUUGAUAGAAAUGGGCGAGCGGGAGCGGUUAAAAGAGUUGCUCAGGGCGAAGCUGGUGGAAUGUGGGUGGAAGGAUCAGCUGAAAGCGCACUGCAAAGAUGUGAUCAGAGAAAAAGGACUGGAGCAUGUCACAGUGGAAGAUUUGGUAACAGAAGUCACACCAAAAGGCAGAGCUUUGGUUCCCGACAGUGUAAAGAAAGAGCUCCUCCAGAGAAUCAGAGCCUUUUUAGCUCAACACGCCACAUUGUGAAGACGGCAGCUUCUGUGUAGACAUUUUCUAUUCAUUAUUACAGUCACAAUUACAACCUCAUUGUUCCACAUUGUGAGCCACGACAAAGUGUUAUUUUUUAUUUUGUAUUGUGUGUUUUCAUAAUAACUUGAGUUUGUGAUGCCGUAGGUUUGAGUAUUGAAUAAAAUCAUGCCUAUUUUUGGUGA